AUGAAGAAAAAGCAAUGGAAAGAGGAACACCGUGUUCCCCCCAUGGAAAUGUCCGUACCCGUAGUCAGUUCCUCUUGGAUGGAUUCCAGUAUCAAAAAUCCAAGUACCAGCAAUCCGGAUGCUAACGCCCAGGAAUCACGAUCAUCGUCUGGUGCAAGCAGCUCUGACUCGAAUAGCGGUGUUGCUAGUGGUAGCGGCGGUGCUGUCCAUCCGGACAAUUCACCAAUUGACAAACAGUUAUUGCUUGGUACUGAAUGUGUAGUUUGUGGUGAUAAAUCGAGUGGCAAGCAUUAUGGGCAGUUUUCAUGCGAAGGAUGUAAAUCAUUCUUUAAAAGAUCAAUAAGACGAAGCCUUAAUUAUACGUGUCGCGGUUCCAAGAAUUGUCCAGUGGAUGUGAAUCAUCGAAAUCAGUGUCAGUAUUGCCGUCUGAAGAAAUGUGAAAGAAUGGGAAUGCGCAAGGAGGCAGUGCAACGCGGAAGGAUACCACCAAAUGCGCAGCAUGCUUAUUCCUCCACAGUUCUUUUUGGCGAACAAUUGCUGACAGUAAAUCAGAGUGUCGGUUCCCAUGUUUCAUCCAUUGUGACGCAUCUCAUACACGCUGAACCAUAUCCGCCCAUCGCUUGUAGCUCAUCGUCUAGCUCAAUUGGGAUGGAUAAUAUCUAUGAGUUCGGUGCCAAGUUAUUGUUUUCUGCCGUUGAAUGGGCUAAGAAUAUCCCAUUCUUUAAUGAGCUCAGUGAUACUGAUCAGUUGACACUACUUCGAGCAAGUUGGGCUGAGCUGUUCGUGAUAAAUGCAGCGCAGUUCGGUAUGCCAGUACACGUUGCACCUUUACUUGCUGCUUCUGGUUUGCAUUCUUCUCCUCCCUUACCAACCGAUCAACUAGUUGUAUUCAUGGAUCGGAUACGUGUUUUCCAGGGUCAGAUCGAACGUUUAAAGGCACUGCAGAUGGACCUAGCCGAAUUUUGUAGUCUGAAAGCAGUUAUAUUAUUUAGUGUUGACUGUUGUGGGUUGAAUGAUGUUAUACGAGUGGAAACGAUACAAGAAAAGGUUCAAUCGGCAUUGGAGGAAUAUUGCAGAACACAGAAGCAAUUACAAGUCGGACGAUUCGGUCGUUUGUUGUUACGAUUGCCGAGUUUAAGAUCGAUCAGUGCAUCUGUAAUUGAACAGUUAUUUUUCGUGAAAUUAGUUGGAGAAACACCGAUCGAAUUUCUACUCAGGGAUAUGCUUAGAACACAAAAUGAGAAUGUUAUCAAACCAUUUGUUUGGCCUUGUCAGCUUCGUUCAUGA